AGUUAACGCAACUCGCAUUAUUUUAAUCAUGUUAUCUCGAGGGUGAAACUAUCAGUGUGAUUUUAAGUGGAGCUGUUAAGAGUCGGCUAGCCGCUUAGCGUAACUUAACGUUAGUUGCUAAAGUCAGUUUGUCAGUGGCACUCCUGAAAACAGUGAACGGCUAGCUUAACUGGGCUACUAUCAGGGAUGGCGGGGGAGAGGAGCGGAGAGGACAUAGUUUCAGACUACCUGGGCCAGAAUCCGCAGCUGGCCCAAUGGGUCGAGACUUUAAGGGGCUACUGUGAGACCAGGAAACAGUGGCUGGCUCGGAGAGAGUUCAUCCUGAGGAACAUGGAGGCUUUCCCCACUGUGGAGCCGGGAGUCCCCAGCAGCAGUCUGGACAGGCUGCUGUCCCUGUCCAUGGUGUGGGCCAAUCACGUUUUCCUGGGCUGCAGCUAUCCUCAGGCUGUGAUGGACAAGAUCAAGGAGAUGAGUGAGGGGAUAGUUGUCACAGAUGCCCCAACUCACAGAACGACAAUAGAUGGAGUCAGAGGAAAGAGGAACGCCACAACUGAGGCCGAUGCUGACAGCUGUGUGAAGAAAGCCAAAUGUGGGCCUAAUGAGCUCGACAGUCGACCUGCUGGGAGGACAGCUACUCGGCCCGUGGGUCAGAAAUCAGGACCUCCUCCCCAGGCCCCAGCAGAGCACCAGCCCUUCUUCAACCGCCUCUACAAGGCAGUGGCUUGGAAGCUGGUGUCGGCUGGGGGCUUCGGCCCCAACUUGGACCAUUUUGAAAUUCUCCGGAGCUGCGUGGAGUCGUGUAAACAGACCUUGUCCUGUGUGUUUGUGCCACUGAAGGACAUUGCAGGUCUCCCCACAGCACGCACACAGAAGGAAGGCCACGUGUGUGAGAUUCGCUGUCAGACUGUUUACAUGGGGACAGGAUACGGACGUGAUGAGUCAGCUGCCAAAGCCAUGGCUUCUAAAGAGGCCCUCAAAGCUUUUCAGGGGCGAAAAGUGACUGUAAAGAUCUGCAGACGGAGGUACAAAGGGAGAGAUGUGGAGGAUUUGAUGUUGUUGGAUGAACAGCCUCGGAGUCAGGGCUUUCCUCCUGCACUCAGCUACCCUUUUCAGGACGAGCAGCUGGAAGACGGCUCCUCAUAGAGCAGACACUUUGUGACGUUUGCCCUGCUGUGAUGCUUGUUUGAAGCCUGGAGAAGUGACAAUUAAUGGAGCUACUGAAAUUCAUGAUGGUGUCGGGACCAGUCUGUAAUGCAGCUGACCAUCAUUGCUGACUGAUCACUGAGUAAAUUCAACCAUCACAGUCUACUUUGGCAUUAGUCAUAGUAGUGAUGACACACAAAUAUCUGGGAUACAUCUGCAAAACAACAAAAAAAGAUUAUUUUACUGUAUCGACUGCAUUUCAACCGCUUUUAGUUUUACAGAGUUUUAUAGGCGGUGAACAGUGUAUUGAAGUGCUUUGGAUUGUGUGCCAUCAUUAAAAGUCAAACUGCCUCGAACAGGCAAAUCACCCAGAAGUCAAAACAGUUUGAAGUUGAUGUCAGAAUGGAGGAAUGUCAGAAUGCCACCUUUGAUACUGUAGGAGAAUGUAUCGCACUAUAUUGCUGUGGUUAUUUGUCGUGUAUGUAUUUUUCCCCUUUGUUCAUUCCUGUCGUGACGGGUUUAAUUCUGCUGUGUGUUCACGAGUGUGACUUGUGCAGUCACGCCGACAGCUUCCUCUCCAGCCUCACGUUGUUGCUCUUUUGUUAGUGUAGAUUCUCAUUUGCAAGGGAAACGACAGUCACAUGGAAGAACCAAUGACUUGUCUCUUUUUUUUUUUUUUUUUUUUAGUUUCCUCACUGUGAGUUUUCUAAACAUGAUGACAUCGACUUUAGUGUUCAUACAGGUUGAAAUUGACGUAUUGUGUAAAUUAAGGCAUUAAUUUGAUAUUUGAAUUUUUUUUUAAACCAUAAGUGACUUUUAAAUGUCAUGUCAGGUAUCAACAUUUGUUUGUAUGUAACAGUGUCAUUAACCCUGGUGUUUUAUGGCUGUUUCUGUAACGGGUUGCAUUUGUAUUUCAACACACACGACAGACUUGAGCUGAACAGGACUGGACCUCACUGAAGUGAUCUGGGGACACCCAUGUUUUUGAGAAAAAUUCACCUUAAAGCAGAAACAGAAGACCUUUCAACUUUAGUCCUCCUCGUGGUUUUACUGUUGGAGCCGCUGUCACAAACAGCGUUAGCAACAUUGGUACUGCUAGCAGCAUGCCAAGGUAGAAGACAGCUGAUGUUGUUUUGUUUUUUGACACAAUCCGGAGGGAGUGCUCUUCACCGACUGAAUGCCCGUCUGUUAAUUCUUGUUUUACUUUGGUUUUUAUCGCUCUCCCUCUUUACCUCCCACAGUUAUUAAAAGUGUUCCAAGUUGAUAACGCGGAUGGUGUCAUUUUCCUAAAGCCUUUAAACUGUGCGAGCCGUAUUUACUCCAGAGUGAUUAAAGUUAUGGCAAAGAAGAAGUUGUCUCUUGCUAGUUUAAGUAGUACAUUUUCCUGAGUUCACAUUAACUGCUCCACAUGCUGUUGGUGUAACGGUGACCAGAGAGCUCCAGUCGGUCCAGUUCUGAGUUCAGCUGUGAUUUAUAAAAGUAUUUUCUUGCACUUGAAGAAAAGCGUCAAAGAAUCGACUGUACUUUACAGUUUUUGUGUUCUUCUUGCCAACCACAGUACCUGUUAGACUUUACACAGAAGUACUAAAGGAGACCUAUUUUUUUUUUUGUUUCAUUAUUUAAUCUCACUGAUUUAAAAACACUGACCCACUGGCUUUGUUGAAAAUAUUGGGGUGUCAUAAUUAAUAAAGUUCCUUUGAACACAGUUGGAUACAGCGUGUGCGGUUCUGAUGUGUUCGAGGGUGAAGUGCU